GGUUUCCAGUUGUCCAUCUGCCAAGGAGCAUCAAACACAGCUUGACUCCAUAUUUGUGAUGCUGGAGGAAAACAUGGUGACUUUUGUGAAGGAUGAACUGAAGGCCAUCCAGAAGUUUCUGAGGUCAAAUUACCGAGCAUACUUAGAGAAUCAGAGUGUGGAUCAAGAUGUGUUGGAGAGUAAGGAUGAAGUGCAGAGGAGCAACAGAAAGGCAUUUCUGAAGAUCACAAUGAACUUCCUGAGGAGAAUGAACCACGAUGAGCUGGCUGACUGUCUACAGAAUAAAACUCCUGUUCAACUUAGUCAGCGUAAACUUAAAUCUAAUCUGAAGAAAAAGUUCCAGCAUGUGCUUGAGGGGAUUACUAAACCAGGAAACCCAGUCUAUCUGAAUGAGAUCUACACAGACCUUUACAUCACAGAGGGAGAGACUGUAGAGGUCAGCGAUGAACAUGAGGUCAUACAGAUUGAAACAGUAUCCCGGAAACCAGGCAGAUCAGAAAAAACAAUCAGACAAGAAGACAUCUUUAAAGGUUCAUCUCAAAGAGAUACACCAAUCAGAACAGUGUUAACAAAAGGAGUUGCUGGCAUUGGGAAAACAGUCUUGACUCAGAAGUUCACUCUGGACUGGGCAGAAGAUAAAGCCAAUCAGGACAUCAAAUUCACAUUUCCAAUCACUUUCAGAGAGCUAAAUGUUCUGAAAGAAGAAAAGUUCAGCUUGGUGGGCCUUGUUCAUCAUUUCUUCACAGAAACCAAAAAAGCAGGAAUCUGCAGAUUUGAAGACUUCCAGGUUAUAUUCAUCUUCGAUGGUCUGGACGAGUGUCGACUUCCUCUGGACUUCCACAAUACUGAGAUCCUAACUGACCCUAGAAAGUCCACCUCAGUGGAUGUGCUACUGACAAACCUCAUUAGGGGGAACCUACUUCCCUCUGCUCACCUCUGGAUAACCACACGGCCUGCAGCAGCCAAUGAGAUCCCUCCUGAGUGUGUUGACAUGGUGACAGAGGUUAGAGGGUUCACUGACCCACAGAAGGAGGCCUACGUCUGGAAGAGAUUCCGAGAUAAGACGCAGGCCAAACAGAUAAUCUCCUAUGUGAAGAAAUCACGUUGCCUCAACAUCAUGUGCCACAUCCCAGUCUUCUGCUGGAUCACCGCUACGGUUCUGGAGAAUAUGCUGAAAAAUGGGGAAGGAAGAGAGUUGCCCAAGACCCUGACUGAGAUGUACAUCCACUUCCUGGUGGUUCAGGCCAAAGUGAAGGAGGUCAAGUAUGAUGGAGGAGCUGGGACAGAUCCAAACUGGAGUCCAGAGAGCAGGAAGAUGAUUGAGUCUCUGGGAAAACUUGGUUUCCACCAGUUGCAGAAAGGAAACCUGAUCUUCUACGAAUCAGACCUGACAGAGUUUGGCAUCGAUAUCAGAGAAGCCUCAGUGUACUCAGGAGUGUUCACACAGAUCUUUAAAGAAGAGAGAGGACUGUACCAGGACAGGGUGUUUUGCUUUGUGCAUCUAAGUAUUCAGGAGUUUUUGGCUGCUCUUUACGUCCAUCUGACCUUCAUCAACUCUGGAGUCAACUUGUUGGAAGAUCAACAAACAACCUGCCAGACGUCUGAAACAACAGAAUCUGGAGAGACACACUUUUACAAGAGUGCUGUGAACAAGGCCUUACAGAGUUCAAAUGGACACCUGGACUUGUUCCUCCGCUUCCUCCUGGGUCUUUCAGUGCAGACCAAUCAGACUCUCCUACAAGGCUUGUUGACAAAGACAGAAAGCAGCCUAAAGAUCAAUCAGGAAACAGUCCAGUACAUCAAGGAGAAUAUCAGUAACAAUCUGUCUGCAGAGAAAAACAUCAACCUGUUCCAUUGUCUUAAUGAAUUAAAAGAUCAAUCUCUAGUGGAGGACAUUAAACACUACAUGAGAUCAGGAAAUCUCUCCAGAUAUUCUCUUUCUCCUGCUCAGUGGGCAGCUCUGGUCUUCUUCUUAUUGUCAUCAGAAGAAAAUCUGGAGGUGUUUGACCUGAAUAAAUAUUCUGCUUCAGAGGAGGCUCUUCUGAGGCUCCUGCCAGUGGUCGAAGCCUCCAGCAAAGCUCUGAUGAAUGGCUGUAACUUUUCAGCAAGAAGCUGUGAAGCUCUGUCUUCAGUUCUCAGCUCCCAGUCCUCCAGUCUUAGGCAGCUGGACCUGAGUAACAACAACCUCACUGAUUUAGAGGAGAAAUUGCUGUCUGGACUGCAGAGUCCUCACUGUAUGCUCGAAAAACUAAGGCUGAGUAGCUGUAACCUCUCAGACCGAAGCUGUGAACUUUUGUCCUCAGUUCUCAGCUCCCAGUCCUCCCGUCUGAAAGAGCUGGACCUGAGUAACAACAACUUGCAGGAUUCAGGAGUCAUGCUUCUCUCUGAGGGACUCAAGAGUCCAAACUGUUUACUGAAAGCUCUCAGUCUGUCAGGCUGUCUGAUCACAGAGGAUGGCUAUGCUUCUCUGGUCUUAGCUCUGAGCUCCAGCGCCCACACUCUGGAAAAACUAGACCUGAGCUACAAUCAUCCAGGAAAAUCAGGAAUGAAGCCGGUAUCAGCGGGACUAGACUGCAGGUUUCAAAACUUGGCUAUACAGGUGGAGCCCAAUGGAGGCCGAUGGUUGAGACCAGGUCUGAAGAAGUAUUUCUGUGAUCUUACCUUUGACCUGAACACAGUGAACAGACUUUUAAAACUGUCUGACAACAACAAGGAGGUGACACGUGGGAAGGAGGAUCAGUCAUAUCCUGAUCAUCCAGACAGAUUUGAUAUCUGGUGUCAUCAGCUGCUGUGUAGAAAUGGUCUGACUGAUCGCUGUUACUGGGAGGUUGAGUGGAGAGGAAAUGUCCACGUAUCAGUGAGUUACAAAGAUAUCGGGAGGAGAGGAUACAGUGACGACUGCGAGUUUGGAAGAAAUGAUCAGUCCUGGAGGCUGAGAUGCUCUGAUGUUGGUUACUCUGUCUGUCACAAUAACAGAACAAUAGUCCUGUCCUCCUCUGUCUCAAAGAAAGUAGCAGUGUAUGUGGACUAUUCUGCUGGCAUUCUGUCCUUCUUUAGAGUCUCCUCUGACACUCUGAUCCACCUCCACACCUUCAACACUGCAUUCACUGGACCUCUUUAUCCUGGGUUUGGAUUCUGGGAUCAUAGAUCUGGUUCUUCAGUGUCUCUGUGUUCUCUGUAGGAGAAAGAGUCAACCGACCUGAUCUCUUACCAACUAUAGAUGCUGUACAGUUUUUGAGGUCAGAAAAUCAGUGUUUUCUUAACACUCUUUUUAAUUAAAUUCAAAUAACUAUAUAUGUCCCUAAAAGGAAACAAAGGUAGUUCUUGUCCCACAAAACAUUAAGCUUGCUACAAGACCGAGGCUGUGAGAGUUACAGACAGUGAAGAGCCAGGUAUUGUCUUAUAUAAAACAAUGACUUUAUGAGCCAAUGUUUCUCAUCAGUAAUCUAUGGAACCACCUUUAUCAGCAAUAACUUGAA